ACAUUGCGAAACUUUUGAAUUUUUUUUUUAUUUUUAUUUAAUACAACUUAAAAUUGAUACCAUUAUUGUGUGCGUGAAUACUGUCACUCCCUUUUGAGAAGGAAUAUUAUUACCACAAUAAUUAUUUAUAUAUUAUUUAUUAAUUUAAUAUUACAAAGUAUAUAUUAUACGAUAAUAUAAUCACAUUGUUAAAAUUAUAUUUAAUAUGGCCGGAAAUCAACAACAACAACGUAAAGGAAAAUGGUCGCCCGACGAGGAUAAUUUAUUAAGAAGUCUCGUAGCUCAAUAUAGCGUUGAUGGUGAAGACAUUGAUUGGUUUAUCUUGGAACAAAAUUUUAAUGGUAUGAGAGACUCUAAGCAAAUUCGUGAGAGAUGGGUUAAUCAUUUAAAUCCUUCAAUCAAAAAGAGAAAAUUUAAUGAAAGCGAAAUAAAAAUUAUUGAAGAUGAAUGUUCUAGACAUAAAUUUAAGUGGGCAAAAAUCGCGAAGAAGAUUCCUAACGCUACUCCUCUCAUGAUUAAAAAUUUUUAUAAUAAUAGAUUAAAAAAGAAAAAUAAUUCUAAUAGAAGACAAAAUAAUUCAAGCACUACUAUUCCUAUUAUUACUGUUAAUAAUUUUAACUAAUAUGAUGAUAUCUUAAAUAUAUAUAUAUAUUAU